CUACUGUUUGCCCUUCUUCACAUGAGACACAACUUGAAAUAUUUUGAUAAAAUGAGAUGCUUGCGGAAAAGAUCGGCAGUAUCAUUCUUAGGAGUCCUUGUCAUUUGCUUGCUGUUCAUGAACUUGUACAUUGAAGAUGGUUAUGUUUUGGAAGGGGACAAGCAGUUAAUCAGAGAAACAGCCACGCACCAGCUUAACCCAGAGCGCUAUGUUCAUACUUUUAAAGAUUUGUCUAAUUUCUCAGGAUCUAUAAACAUUUCCUAUCGCUACCUAGCUGGCACGCCUUUGCCAAGGAAAAGGUAUCUUACGAUUGGACUAUCCUCUGUGAAACGGAAAAAGGGAAACUACUUGCUUGAGACUAUCAAGUCCAUAUUUGAGCAGUCAAGUUAUGAGGAACUUAAAGAAAUUGCAGUAGUGGUGCAGCUGGCAGAUUUUGAUUCAGCCUGGUGUGAAGGAAUGGUCCAGGAUAUUUCACAGAAAUUUGCUCAUCACAUAAUUGCAGGCAGAUUAAUAGUUAUUCACGUCCCUGAGGAAUACUACCCAAUAUUGGAUGGCCUCAAGAGAAAUUACAAUGACCCAGAAGACCGAGUGAAGUUUCGAUCCAAACAAAACGUAGAUUAUGCCUUCCUGCUUAACUUUUGUGCUAAUCUUUCUGACUACUACGUGAUGCUGGAAGACGAUGUUCGCUGCUCGAAGAACUUUUUGACAGCUGUUAAGAAAGUAAUUACCUCACGAGAAGGAUCCUACUGGGUGACUUUGGAAUUCUCCAAACUGGGGUAUAUUGGAAAACUUUACCAUUCCCAUGACCUUCCACGCUUGGCUCAUUUUUUGUUGAUGUUUUACCAAGAAAUGCCUUGCGAUUGGCUCCUGAUCCACUUUCGUGGGCUGUUAGCUCAAAAGGAAGUGAUACGUUUUAAGCCUUCUCUGUUCCAGCACAUGGGAUACUACUCAUCUUACAAAGGGGCUGAAAACAAGCUGAAGGACGAUGAUUUUGAAGAGGAAUCAUUUGACAUCCCUGACAACCCACCUGCAAACCUGCACACCAACAUGAAUGUAUUUGAAAACUACGAGGCAAGCAAGGCUUACAGUAGCAUUGACGAGUACUUCUGGGGAAAAGCUCCUUCUACCGGAGACUUCUACGGGAUUGUAUUUGAAAAGCCCAUUAAAAUCAGUAAAAUUAAAGUUGUUACUGGAACAGAAGACCGGCAAAAUGACAUCUUGCAUCAUGGGGCCUUGGAAGUGGGGGAAAAGAUUGUAGGGAGUAAAAAAGGGAGACAAUGUACAACUUACUUGAGACUGGGGGAAUUCAAAAAUGGAAACUUUGAAAUAACAGAUGUAGAGCACAAAGUUCUGUUCGAUAUUAACUGCAUGAGAAUACUUGUUACCAAAAGUCAAAAAGAGUGGCUGAUCAUUAGGAGCAUUAGCAUUUGGACUUCUCAGACACCAAAUCAAUAA